GGCGUGUUUGGUUCGCGCUCGACGCUGGCAUUGCAGUACGCCACCGAUCUUAACUCAUUCGGUCCGUGAUCUUCGACCAGUAAGGAGCUAUUACGGCCAGCUAAAAUGGUUCACCACAGUAGCAGACUAAAGAUUCCCACCACGGUAAUGUUUUACGUUGUGCUAUUGUGUGUACCCGUCUGUACAUUGGCCACCUACGUACGCAUGGGUCAAAGUGCAGAAGUUCGUUUACCAACGCCACAGACAACAAGUUGCAGUGAUCUAUUUACGAUCGAUCAUGAAGACACAUAUCGGAAGCAGUACGAAGGAACGCUUGUAUUACGUCCCAACAUAACGAUCCGUUACGUGCAGCUGGUAGUGCAGUUUGAUCGUGAAGUGGAACAACUCACGAAUUACUUCGGAAGAGUCAGUACGAUCGAUCAUCACAGCUUUCACAUUGCAAAUCUGACGUACCCGUUGCGCGCCGGAACCGUCGUGAGGAUUCCAUUGGAGGUGUCCUACACAUCCGUUACUCCGCCGACGGUCGUUCGAAUUGAGGUUAACGGUGUUACGGUUUGUCCGGUAAACAAUUUAAGACCACUAAUAAGGAAUUUCCGUGAUCCAUGGAUAGGAUCUCCUGGGCAAGGUUCAACCAGCACCAGUCAACCGGAGGUACACGCACGAAAUGGAACUACGGUACCGGCACAUCAGUUCAACUCGUCCUGCCAAGCGAUACAUACCGGUGUGAUCGUUUCUUCGGGACGUUGGGAUGCGGUGAUUCAACUCGUAGCAGAAAACACGGUUGAUCGUGCCUUGAUCGAGAUUGUUUUCGAUCAACCAGUGUACAUGAUGGGGGUAGGGAACCCAUUCGGUGAGGUGACAACGGAUGAUAGUGUGCGGUUUAGGAUCGAAAAUCGAACCUUCAUCCUGGCGAAGGAUGCAGAGAUAGAGUUAAACUUCUUCGUCCGCUACAAUCAGAUGGGACCGAUACCGGAUGUCGUUGAGGUGAACUUUAACGGUCACAACCACUGUCAGCAGCGAAAGCGACGCGUGUUGAACGAACCGCAGGAAAAUAAUUACCGGAGAACGACAACUACCACCACGGAGCGCACCGUACCGGAGGGAAACCGGCGCAUCGUAUCCCAACAAUCAAUGGAGGAUACGUACGAUAGUUCAAGUUGGCCAUUGGAAAAGAACGAAUGUGCUACAGUUUUAGAACCGAUCGGUACUCGCAUACGAUCGCGAAUUAUCGGUGGAAUGGCAUCUAACCAAGGCGAACAUCCGUGGCACGUAGCGAUCUAUCUUGACGAGGAGUAUCAGUGUGGUGGAAGUAUCAUUGGAAGACGCUGGAUUCUAACGGCCGCCCACUGUGUCACACGUCAGAACACCAAUGAAACGCUCGACGUGGACCUGUUUCGUGUGUACACGGGUAUCAUCGACAUCAGUACGAUUGAUGAUCAUUUUUAUCGUACCGCCGAUGAGGUCAUCAUACAUCGGGACUACAAUCCGGUAAUGUACACGACGGAUAUAGGUUUGCUUCGUCUCAAGCGUAACAUCACCUACAACAGCUUCAUAAAGCCCGUCUGUCUGUACAACCGGACGGUAGACAUCAGUACGUUCUAUGGUCGCGAAGGUAAAGUUACCGGCUGGGGCUUUAACCGAAAUGGAGUGAUCAGCAAUGUGCUGAACUAUCUCGAAGUUCCGGUUGUCUCGCAGAAGAUGUGCUCCCAGCGUAAUGUCCAGUUUAAUGGUGUGCUUGCAGUAGGCGAAUCUUUCUGCGCCGGACAUGCGGAUGGUAACUCCGUGUGCAACGGUGACAGCGGUGGUGGAUUAGUGUUUGCCGAGGGUUCACGCUAUCACGUGCGAGGCAUCGUAUCAAUCAGUGCACAGCGUCGGAACUUGCUCCUUUGCGAUCCGAACCAAUAUUCCGUGUUUACCGACGUUUCCAAAUUUCUACACUGGAUACGUCAGCAAGUGUCGUAGGUAAGGUGACCGAACCGGGGUGGAACUUAAGGCGCUUACGUUAUGAAGAAAAAUAUUUAUUUCAAUCGACACAGCAAAUGAAGAAAAAAAAGCAGAAUAACAAUUAAUAAAAAUGCUUUCGCACAGAGCGGACGCGCGGA